AUGGAACAGAGGUUGGCGGAAUACAGAGCGAGGAAAGCUAAACAACACCGGGAAGAUGGGCCAACCGGCGAGAGACCGACACGAGCAGAGCCAACAAAGAAAACAUUAAUAGAGACGCUGAAAGAGAGGAUUCACGGGGUCUGCAGCAGGUGGGGGACACCGGAUAUAUCGGGCCAUCAGGACAUGAGUCCUACAAUACAGACAUCGGAGCCCCGAGAAGAAAUCUCGCCCCUUGAUGACACAUCUUCUUCCAGCAGUUCUAUGUGGAAGGUCACCCUGCUCCUGAAGGUCCUCCUGUGGCUGGUCCUGCUGGGACUCUUUGUAGAACUUGAGUUUGGAAUGGUGUACUUUGUCCUCUCCAUGUUUUACUGGCUGUAUGAAGGAACUCGCAGACCUGGGCAGAGAAGGAAAGGAGAGAAGAGCGCCUACUCCGUCUUCAACCCGGGAUGUGAGGCCAUCGACGGGACAUUGACUGCCGAACAGUUUGAGAGGGAACUGCAGUACAGACCAUUGGCUGGGACAUAG